AGGAUUAACCCUUACUUUGCUAUUAAUGCCAGCACCACCAUUCAUGGCGUCCUCCAAAUUCUUGCUGCUGUAUGCCCUCUCUAGUCUCUCUCCUUCCAUCCACCGCUGCCGGCUUGUUUCAAGGAACCAAAGAGUUACUUUUUGGUACUGGAGCGCCAGGCUCUGCGAUCGUUCUCGAUGAAGUCAUCCGCUGCCUUUGGAGUCAAGGCGGCGGACUCCCUCAACCGCCGGUGGCUUUUCCAGCUGCUCUUCUUUGGGAUUGUCGCCCUGUCGCUCACCUUGCUCUUCCAUGGUACAUUUUAUCCUUUCCCCACUUCCUCCCUUCGCGUCCAGCUCAACGGCGGCCCUCCCGUCGUCGCCGAGCAACAAUCGUCCGAUUCCGAUUUUUCUAGGAGUUCUUUUCCCACUCCGGUGCUUCAACGUCAGUCAUCGAGCUCCGAGACGGCCGUUGUCGCUUCCGAUCCGCCGCCAGAAACGCAGGAGAUGAGGUUGGAGAGGGUUCUGAGGGCGGCGGCGACCCCCGACAAGACAGUGCUAAUGACCUCCUUGAACGCGUUCUGGUCGACGCCGGGAUCUGUGCUUGACGUGUUCCUGGAGAGUUUCCGCAUCGGGGACGGGACGACCGCCUUACUGGAUCACCUGGUGAUCGUCGCUGUGGAUGACAAGGCGUAUGAGCGGUGCCUAGCCGUGCACCGCCACUGCUUCGACUUCAAGGUCCCGGGGGUGGACUUCUCCAGCGAGAAGGUCUUCAACACGCCAGAGUAUCUGGACAUGAUGUGGGCGCGCCUGGAUUUCCUGCGCCUGGUGCUCGAGAAAGGCUUCAACUUCGUUUUCUCGGAUGUUGAUGUAAUGUGGUUCCGAAACCCCUUACCCUUCUUGUAUCAAGAUGGAGAUUUUCAGAUAUCUUGCGACAACUUCGUUGGGGAUCCAACCAACAUGAAGAACUGGCCUAACAAUGGGUUCAACUAUGCGAGAUCCAACAGCAGAACCAUAGAGUUUUUCAAAUACUGGCAUGCCUCGCGUGCCAGAUUUCCCGGCGUCCAUGAGCAAAAUGUGCUUAACAUUAUCAAGUACGAGCAACACGUCAGAGACAUAGGUGUGCAGAUUAGGUUCCUGAGCACUGAGCGUUUUGGAGGGAUAUGUGAACCGAGUAGAGACUUCAAUAAGGUCUGCACAAUGCAUGCAAACUGCUGUAUCGGCUUGAACAAGAAGAUCGAUGAUCUGAGGGCUAUGCUUGACGACUGGAGGAAAUUUACGGCUCUGUCAUUUGAUCAAAGGAUAUCUAGUCAUGUCUCAUGGAGUGUGCCUCAAAGUUGCAGAUUACCACCAGGCUUUUUCGGCAAGGAGGAACAGAAACCACAACUCUAACAUUGUCUCUAGCAUUCAUUCUUUUCAUAGAUGAAUACUGCAACAGUGCCAACUUAGGGAUCAGAAGACUGCAUGGGAAAAAUAGAAGCUUAUUUAUGCUAAAAGAAGAAGAUUUUAUUCAGGAACUUUCAUUGUGUCUGACUGAUUCCAAGCAUUGCUUUAGCCUUUGGCAAUGCUUGAACUCUUUGUGCCAUAACUUUGCUGUUUAUUUUGCAAAAUAUUUUUUGUGUAUGAUGAAAAUUUCAUUGGUAAAUGAAAUGCAGUGAUCCUUUUGCCA